UUCACCGCCUUUGAUUUGAUUGUGAGGUUGACGUAUACCUUGUGAGUGUUUGUGUUGUCUGUUUUGUUGGUGUUGUCAUUUACAGUAAAUUUUGAAAAGACAGGUUAUGUUGCUGUGGUUUGUCUGGUGGUUUCUAAGAAUAGGAUAUUUUUAAAUAAAGCAUUAAAAAUUAUUUAUGACUCGUAGUACGAUUUCAGUAUGGUCCAAAUAGUAGUUAAAUCUUUUUCAUAUCAUUUCAGAAUCAUAUUACUUUUAGCAUACUUUUGUUUAACAAAAGGGUUUUUUGAAAAAGAACACAACAGAGGUGAUGUAUGCUUUUGUCAGUUAAUGGGGCAAGUAGGAGAUUGUAGUUGUUCAGUUGAUACCGUAGACCAUUUCAACAAUGUUAAAGUGUAUCCAAGAAUGGCCAGUCUCAUAACUAAAGAGUACUUCAGAUUCUACAAGGUUAACUUGAAGAAAGAUUGCCCUUUUUGGUCAGAUAACAGUAGAUGUGCGAUGAGGUACUGCAGUGUGGAGCAUUGUUUGGACGAUGCUCCUCCUGUGAUUAAAAGUUACUCAUCAAGAAAACAUGGAGAAGAUAUGAGUGUAAAGUAUCUUGAACAAUAUAUUCCAGGAGAAUGUGAUACUGAUUUAGAUCCCGAGUUGGGUUACCUGAAUACUACUAUAAGUGCAGCAACAAUGGAAGAGUUCGCUUUGUGGCAAGCGUUCGAUGAUGCAUUGGACACUUAUUGUUUUCUACCCGAAGAGGAUGGUGAAGCAGAGUAUGUGGACUUGCUGCUUAACCCUGAGAGAUACACUGGCUACCGAGGCAAUUCUGCUCAACGCAUUUGGCAUAGUAUAUACAAGGAGAACUGCUUCAGGCCUGAACACAGCUUUGAUUACUACAUUCAGUCUUCAAAAUUAAAUGGAAUGUGCUUGGAGAAACGUGUAUUUUACAGAGUAAUAUCAGGACUUCAUACUAGCAUAAACAUACAUUUAUCUGCAAAAUAUCUAUUAUCUGAUAUAGGCAUGAUGAAUGGAGGAGGAAAAUGGGGUCCAAAUAUUGACGAGUUCUACAGGCGCUUUAGUCCGGAAACAACAAACGGAGAAGGUCCUGAGUGGAUACGAAAUCUGUAUUUUGUGUACUUGUUGGAGAUGAGAGCACUGGCCAAGGCUGCUCCGUACCUGGAACAGGAGGAGUAUUUCACGGGCCGCCAUGACGAUGAUAGUGACACAAAGGAUGCAGUGAACAAUCUACUCUAUGUUAUCAAAUCAUUCCCAGAACACUUCAAUGAGUCCACAAUGUUCUCUGGAGGAGCCCAGGCAGCUAAGCUGAAAGAAGAGUUUAGCUUACACUUCCGGAACAUAUCAGCUAUUAUGGAUUGUGUUGGCUGUGAUAAAUGCAAACUAUGGGGAAAACUGCAGAUCCAAGGACUUGGAACUGCUCUGAAAAUACUAUUUUCUGGGAAAUUUGAUCAUCCGUCUCCAGCUCCUUACAGCCUCGCCCAUCUGGGGAAGAAACAGUUUCAGUUGGAGCGUAAUGAAAUUGUCGCUCUGUUUAAUGCUUUCGGAAGAUUAUCGACGAGUAUAUAUGAGUUGGAAAAGUUUCGUCAGUUGAUGAGAUAGCAAGGGACUUCUUAGGUUUAUUGACAAGAUAUAGAGUAGUUUCUCGUAACUGUAAUUAUUUUAUGUGUUAUAUUAUUUCACAUGUUUAUUUAUUUGUACAUAAAAAAUAUAUAUAGUAUUGUUGGUUUAGGGUAGAUAAUUUUUUUUUUCAAACAAAAUGUGUACAUAAUUGAUUUUAUUUUAUUGUAUUGUUAAUUUUAUUGAAAUAUUGAAUAAAAGGGUCUGUUAUUAAUGUG